AAUAGUGAUAUUUAUUCUACAACAAAAUAAAAUUACUUCCCCUUUCUUUAUCGAUUCUACGUGUGUUGCUGUUACAUCAAUCCAAUCAAUGAAUAUAUAUAUGUGUGUAACGUGAAUGUAAACAACAUAGGGGUGUUACACGAUUGACAUGUGAUUACAACUAAGUUCUAUGAUGAAGUCUGCGACUUACUACAACAAGACUCGGAUAAUAAUCGGUAUUAUCUGUCUUUCAUGUGCUAUUCUCCUACUUAUAUGGAUGUUACCUAGGUCGACAGAACCAGUGUAUACACACUUUGAAGGAAACCCCCAUGAUGAGGAAAUAAUGACAAGACUGAACCGUGAAAAAGUUAGAAUGGAUAACGAACAGAUGGUCCGCAUAAUACGGGAACAUUUUAUAGAGCCGCCAUCUACACUUCCAUAUCGACUUGAUAAUCCUGAAAAGUUGGAUUUCUCCAGUGGUCAGGCUCCAUUUGUUGACAACCGACUCGGUUUUAUGGAAGGUGGAUUUUACAUAGAAUGUGGUGCUUUGAAUGGAGAAAGAAGAUCAAACACACUAUUCUUUGAACGCCACAGAAAAUGGAAUGGAUUGUUAAUAGAGGCUGACCCUUCUAAUUAUGCCAAACUUCAAAGAAAACAGAGGAAAGCUUUUACGAUGAAUGCUUGUUUAAACCCGUACCCAUAUCCUGCAAAGCUCAAUUUCAACAAAGCAUCUAACAUGGGGCGAGUGGUUCAUGAUUUAACAGUACAGAACUGGUUGAAGCAAUGGAAACUUCAAGAAAACAUGAUAGAGGUCCAAUGUUUCCCGCUUUACUCGAUACUUCUCUCUCUCAAUCAGACAACGGUGGAUUUUUUUAGUCUGGAUGUGGAAGGUGAUGAACUGAGAGUCCUGAAAACUAUUCCUUUUGACAAAGUUGAUAUCAAAAUGAUAACUGUGGAAUAUAUAAACCAACCAGGCAGUGUUGGUGAUUUAAACAAGUUCAUGGUGGAGAAAGGAUAUGAACCAUUGAUAAAGAUGCAUAAGGACGACGGAACAGUGACUGAUGUUAUAUACAGGAAAAAGUCUUGAUGUGAAGGUCUGAUUUAUAGUGAAGAUACAAGUUUAUUCAUUAGAGAAAACAUUGCAGAAAAGCCUCCACCAAUGAGAGAAAGGACAGUGAAAAUAUUCCAGGCCAAUGUAUUUCUUAUACAUGUGUUCUAUAUUAUAGGUGCUCAUAAUUUUUCAACUUUUUGAAUAUUUUUAUGGAAUAAGAUUUAUAAGCAUUAAGUGUGACAUCAUUAAAAGUUUUUUUUUAUUAAUUUUAUUAAUAAACUUGUUUAAUUCUU